GGAGGGUGCACACAUGGGUGCCCCGCUCCAGGUGCCGACGCCCUGUUGGGUCCUCGCAGAACCUCCUCCACCUGGUCACCUGUCGCUGCCCGCCCUGCAGUCCCUCGGUGGCUCAGACUUCAAAUGUUGGCGAGUUUGGAAGAAGUUGGAGGGUACAACCUCGUCUUCACUGUGAGGCACGCAUGAAGUAUGAGUGGCUAUGGACAAGAAACUGGAAGUGGAAAGUGAUAGAGAGGGAGUCCCAGAAGAACCGAAAAUGAGUCCAGAGAAACAAGAAGAAACCAGUCAAGGUGAUGCCAAUGAAAGUGUAUUAUUACAGGGUCUGUCCAGCCAUCUGACUCCGUUGGUACCAGAAUUCUUGGACCCAGCAUGUAUCCAGGAGAAGGCCUUGGCCCGUGAGGUAAACAACAUACAACACAUGCCUGCAAAGGAGUCCAGAGGUCCACAGCCCAAGGACGUAUUUCCCCCUGUAUGGGCCGGUAGCAUCUCCAAUUCCUCAGCAAAAACCAUACAGCCCAAGCAGGCUGACAUCCCCAGUUUUUCAGCAAAACCCAUCCUGCCCAAGCAGGCUGAUACUCCAAGUUUGUCAGCAAGAACAAUCCCACCCAAGCAGGCUGUCACCCCCAACUCCCCAGAAAAAAUUAUCCCACUCAAGCAGACUGACAUCUUCAAUUUCUCAGCAAAACCCCUAUCACCCAAGCAGGCUGACACCUCCAGUUUUUUAACAAAAAUCAUCCCACCUAAGCAGGGUGAUACCUCCAAUUCCCCAACUAAAACCACCCCAUACAAACAGACUGAUAUCCUCAAUUCCCCAGCCAAAACCAUCCUACCCAAGCAGGCUGACACCCCUAAUUUUUCAGUAAGAACCAUCCCCCCCAAGCAGGCUGACACACCCAAUUUUUCAGCAAAAAUCAUCCCAUCCAAGCAGGCUGACACCCUCCAUUCUUUAGAAAAAAUUAUCCCACCCAAACAAGAUGACAUCUCCAAUUCCUCAGAAAAAAUCACCCUGCCAAAGGAAGAUGGCACGUCUGCUUCUUCAGAAAAGAACAUCCCAUGCAAGCAGGGUGACACCAAUUCCCCAGUAAAAUCCAUCCUGCCUAAGCAGGGCAAUAGCCUCAAGUUCUUAGCAAAAUCCAUUCUGCCCAAAGGGGCCAACACCCCCAAGUUGUCAGCAAAAUCUUUCCAGUCUAAGCAGGUCAACAGCCCCAAGGUCUUAGCAAAAACCAUCCUGUCCAAGCACAGCCACACUUCCAAGUCCUCAGAGGAAAGCCUCCUGCCCAGAGAGGGUGACCUCAAGUCCUCAGAAGAUACAAUCCACCCCAAGGAGGGGGACAUCACCAAGUCCUCAGAGGAAACCAUCCAGUCCAAGAAGGGUGACAUUCCCAAGUCCUCAGAAGAAGCCAUCCAUCCCAUAGAAGGCAGUGUCCAGAAGCCAUCAGAGACAAUGGAACUCUUGGAGGUGGACUUGGUGAAAAUGAUCCUGAGCAAGGAGGACUUUGAGUUGGCACUCAAGGAGGCCGGGGAGAAGCUGGUAGCCGUGGACUUCUCAGCCACCUGGUGUGGGCCUUGCAGGACCAUCAGGCCCCUUUUCCGGUCCCUGUCCUUGAAGUAUGAGGAUGUGGUGUUCCUGGAAGUGGAUGCUGAUGAGUGUGAGGAGCUGGUGAGAGACCUGGAGAUCAUUUGCAUUCCAACCUUUCAGUUUUAUAAAAAAGAAGAAAAGGUGGGAGAAUUUUGUGGUGCUAUUAAAGAAAAACUUGAAGCAAGCAUUGCAGAAUUAAAGUAAUUGUGAAUUCUGAAAGCACUGUUAACAGUCAGCUGGUUAUAGUUUGUGAUUUUUUUAUUUACAAAAAGAGAUGAGACAUAACGAAAGUGUAUGUCUGAAUGACACCUGCUCAUAAGUGAUGAAGUGUUAACUCCACCUUUUCAAAAAGUAGUAAAAGCACGAAAGCAUGUUGUGACCAUGCUUUCGUGGGUAGGAAAGGGUGAUAUUAGAAUUUCCUUUGGUGGAGAUUAGGAGUCUACCUGUCUCCUAUUUUUUUGAUCAUGAUUUUUUUGGAACUCACCCUUGAAAAUUCAGUUCAUUUGGUGUUAGUGGCAACAUUGGAAAUUUAGACAAUUCUUCUGUAAAAGUACAUGAUUUAAAGAUGAGUGGAGACUUCUUUUCUCAUUUGGGGUUUCUGAUAAGAUGCUUUGGGAAAUAAAGAAUUUGAAAGGUUCACAUAUCCUACCUAACCUCCUCUAAGUGCGGGGAGUGCUACGGAGGCCUCAGGAAAUCCCAUGGGCUCACCAAGCCUGCGUGGGAUUCCUUGGUGGCAGAGUCAAGACCAAGGCCAUGUUCCCAGAUCUCAAGUGCAGCAGGCCUCUUUCUACUAAUCAUGCCCACAAAAUCCGAGACAGACCUCCCAGCUUCUGGUUUCUCAGACCAAGAGCUUUACUAUUCAGGUCAAAGUCAGGGUGAUCUUCCAUGCCAUUAUGACAUCAGCUCCCUGGUGACAGAGUUCCUACUUUGUCUCCUGGUAACUGGAUUUCUGAAACCCGCUCCCAGACGUCUCAGAGCCCAGAGGCCCAGGUCUGGGUCACAGAUGGUGGCUUGGUCCAGAGUUUUUGUGUUUUAAAAAAAUGUGUAUGUGAUACACACACAUAUAACAGCAUGUAUUUAAUGUAUACACUUUGAUGAAUUUGGGCAUAUGCAUUCACCCAUGACAUCAUUACCACAGUCAAGGUAAUAAACAUGCCCCUCGCCUCCAGAGUUUCCCUGUGUGUACUCUUUUUUGUUAUUGUGGUGACGGUGGUGGUGGUAAGAGUGCUUAACAGGAGAUCUAACCUCUUAACCACAGUUUAAAUGCACAAUACUAUGUUGUUAAUGACAGGCACUCUGUUGUAUAGCAAAUCUCUAGAACUUACCCAUUCUGGAGAACGGAAACUUCUACCCAGUGAGCAACAACUCCUCAUGUCUCCCCCUUUUCCUCGUCAGCCACCAUCCUGUCUUCUGCUGGUCCAGUCUUUUAAAGAAUUUGAACUAGUUGUCAACAUUUCAAAAA